AUGUCAUUUGACACAAAUUCCACCACAAUGUUGGAACAGUUAGAGGCGGAUGGGGAAUAUGGAGGGCCUGCAAAACCAAAGAAAAUCAUAAAAUUCUGGAUGAUCCUUGCGGCAAUUUCAGUGCUCGGAAUUAUAUUUAAUUUAGGACUAUUGCUCAGGAGAAAGUUUACAUCAUCCAGAACAUCAUCCACCACAAGGUCAUCCCUAUUCCUUCUGAGCACUAUGGCGGCUGCUGACACAAUAUGCCUAUUCUCCUUGCUCUCACUUCUAUGCCUCAGAUUCUUCGGACUCGAAGACCAUCCAUACGUUUUGACAUUUGUCUGCAAGCUGAGCGUGUUCGUGAUGCACACGACCUCAUCCUUCUCCAUCUGGUGUUGGCUGGUGCUCUCGGCGGUCCGAUACGUGGCGGUUUACCGCCCGUACACACACCUCAAACUCAAUAAGGAACCGCGUCUGGCAGUGCUCGGCGUCGCCAUUUUCUGUUGUGUGACGGAAGUUUGGGUGUUGUGGGACAUUGAAUACGACACAACUUAUAAAGCGUGCGGCGGGCCUGACACGGAGAUCAGCAGACACCUUCAGAUUUUUGAGAUCUUCACCUCCUACUUUCUUCCCGUAAUUAUAAUAACGGUGCUGGACUUGAAGGUCAUCCUGUGCCGAACGUGGAGAUUCUCUGGUGGUCCGAAGCGUAGUGUUAAAGCUGCCAAGCAGAAGCUUAGUGUCUACUCGGAAGGGUGUCCAUCUCCUGACUCGAGCCUCAAAAAGUUUUCAUCUGCAAAUGUGACAAUCAGCAAGUCUAGAACUUCAAAUGGAGAGGUGACGAUUUCCAGCUCUUCCAGCUAUUCCAGAUCAAAACGACGUCAAUAUUUACGAGUCCUUCGACGCUGUCUCUGCAUCACAAUCUUCGACUUGUCAAUGAAUCUACCAUCAUAUCUGCUACGGCUCUAUCUCUCGUUGUCAAAUGAGCCAGUGACCGAGGAAUGGGCGGAAACGUAUGAACGGUUGGAAGAAGUGUCGCAAAUCAUGUAUUUCGCACAGUUUGCGCUGAAUGCUCUCUACCUGAUUUGCAUUAUUUAUGACACGCCGAAACGGAAAUAUACGAUCCCAAGUACCCAGCUCACCGCCGUCGGGUUAACUCCACGAGCCAGUCGAAAAUCAGCAAGAAGCACAUUCGAAACAACACGCACCGACUAGUUUCUAAUUACAUAUGUUUUUCUCUUCUACUUAAUUCAAUUAUUUUCCUUCCCAUUGUUACUCAAUUUCUCGGUGUUCCAUUUCCUGUGAUCUCCCCCCAGUCUGCCAAUUUGUCCAGUGUGUACUUGUGUUGUUAUUAUCUUCGUUUAAAGUUCAAUGAAUCAUCUCUCGAGUUU